AUGGCAAUGAAAUAUGUUGCAGCAUAUCUUAUGUGUGUAUUAGGAGGAAAUGAAAAUCCAGGAACAAAUGAAGUUAAAAAUGUAUUAGAAGCAGUAAAUGCAGGUAUAGAUGAUGAAGUAUUAAGUAAUUUUUUAAAUUCACUGAAAGGAAAGAAUCAUUGUGAUUUAAUUAAUGAAGGAUUAAAAAAAUUACAAAAUAUUGGAGGGGGAGCGGUAGCAGCUGCAGCAGCAAGUUCAACAGAAAAUGUUGAAGUUAAAAAAGAAGAGAAAAAAGAAGAAAAGAAAGAAGAAGAAGAGGAAGAAGAAGACGAUUUAGGAUUUUCUUUAUUUGGCUAA